CGCAACGCCAUAUUUUUCUCUGUCUGAUUACCACUCUUCCAGCAUAUAGGAACAGUUCUUCAAGCAUCCGUCAACAAUUUGAUCAAUUCUAUCUUCCGCGAUGAAGUGUCUUUUGUGGCUCCAAGCAGUUGCCCAGUUGGCAACUGCCGGAACAUCCACCACUCAGAUCCCCUUGAGAGAAGAUGAAUCCGUCUCUGAAUUUGCGAUCUUUCAAAGUGAUGUAUCUCCCGAUCACUCAAUUCGCGUCAAGCGUCAAAAUUCCUCACUCUGCGAUACGCCUGUCGAUCAGUAUACCGGCUGGCUUGACGUCGGUCAUAAGCAUCUCUUCUUCUGGUACUUCAAGAGCGAGGCUGCUACCAAGAGCAGUGGAUCAGAGCCGCUUGCUCUCUGGCUUACCGGAGGCCCUGGUGGCUCAAGCAUGCUUGGAAUGCUCCAGGAAUUGGGUCCAUGUCUGAUCAAUGAGCACGGAAAUGGCACCGUUUAUAACCCGUACGGGUGGAACAAGGAGACGGCAUUGGUAUUUGUGGAUCAACCUGCUGGCGUUGGUUUCUCAUAUCUCGAUGAGGGAGAGCCAAUACCAGGUGAUUCUUUCACUAGUGCGGCUGAUAUGCAUCUGUUUUUGCAAUUGUUCGUCAGCCAGGUUUUCCCGGAACACUCCGAGGGACCACUGGUCAUUACGGGGGAAAGCUAUGCUGGACAUUAUCUCCCCGCACUUGGUGCUCAGAUUGUCAGCCAGAACAAUAUCUACCCAAAACGGCCUCAGGUACCGUUAAAGUCAGUGGCCAUAGGCAAUGGCUAUGUAUCACCAUUGGAUACAGCGUUUGGGUACUGGGAAACUCUUUGUACGACCAAUCCUGGUGUCAAGGAACCAGUCUUCAACAAAACUCGCUGCGAAAUCAUGGCCACGAACCUUCCUCGAUGCCUCGAGGUAGCGAAAGUAUGUUACGACCACCCUGAUCCUGCCAUCUGUGCAGCUGCGUCUACAGUCUGCAUGACUGGCGUGAUCAACUUCUAUGAUGGAGAAUCCUACGCCGGGGGUCGCAAUCGAUUUGACAUCACCGCUCCUUGCGAUAUUGACAAUUUCUGCUACGCGAAUACUCAACUCCUUCAAGACUAUCUCAAUCUAGAGUCCUCUUUCUCCGCUCUCAGCAUCCCUAAAGAGAUCAAGAACUUCACCGCUGGUUCCGAUACCGUCUCACAAGCAUUCGAGCUCACCAACGAUCUCGCAAUUAGCAUGAUACCUCAAGUACAAUAUCUCCUAGCCAGCCAAAUCGACGUUCUGAUCUACCAAGGGAAUCUUGAUCUCGCGUGCAAUACAGCGGGAGCGAAGCGCUGGACGGCAAAUAUGCCUUGGAAGGGCCAAGCUGCUUUCACGUCGUUGACUUUGAAGCCGUGGAAGAGUGAGAAGGAUGGGAAGGAGGUGGUGGCGGGCAUGUUCAAGGAGGUUAAUGUUAAGAUGGUAGAUGGGGAUGAGAAGACGACAAGGUUUGCGCUUGUGACGAUUGAUGGAUCGGGACAUAUGGUCCCUCAAGAUCAGCCUGAGGUAGCAUUGGAUAUGCUCAAUAGGUGGUUGAAAGGCAAGUCGUUUGAUUAGAAGGCCUAUUGAUCUCCACCAUUCCAGGCAUCCUUCUUAAUUGGGGAUACUGGCGUCAGAUUCCAUGGAUUAGGUCCUUGAAACGUGGUCAGAGGAUGAAUGGGACGUUGGAGGUGAUUUGAAUCAGGAGUUUAAAACGAGACGUUUCGUUGACAAUAAUCCAAAGGGGCUCAUUUGCAAUAUAUACGCAUAAUUUUAAUAGAAGAAAGUUCGGACGGCCGAAAAGUAAUUUAAUAUUGAAUAUUACGUUGAUACACCCCAAGAGGC